AUGGCUUCAGCACGCACAUUCACUGACCUGAUUCUGUCGCAGUGGCAGGAUCAUCCACACUGCGCCGAAAAGACCAAGACGACGAGAGUGCCCAUCAGCGGGGGAGACUUGACCAUCGCCGAUGUCGUGGCGGUUUCGAGGCACUUGAAGCAGGUCCGUCUUACACCUGAGUCGGUAAGGGCUAUAAAUGCAUGCAGCAACAUUAUCGCGGAUAAAAUCGCUCGGGGGGAGAUCAUCUAUGGAGUCAAUACCGGGUUUGGCGGGAGCGCCGAUGCCAGAUCCGAUGACCUCGACAGGGUUCAGCAGAUUCUGAUUAGCCAUUUGACGUGUGGUAUUAUUUCUGACGCCGGAAAUGGUGGUCCCAAGUCAGACCAGAGCAAUGGCCACGCCCAGAACAAUGGGCAUUCAACCCAGAGCAGCGAAGAAACCAAAGCCAUUGCACCUCUGCCACUCACCGAUGCUCUCGCGGCAACCUGCAUGCCCGAAUCAUGGGCAAGGGCGUCCAUGCUCAUCCGACUAAACUCUCUGGCUGGAGGAGCAUCAGGUAUCCGAGUGGAGCUCGCCGAGUCGCUAGUCAAUCUCCUGAACAAGGACGUCGUGCCACGCAUUCCAGUGCGAGGGAGCAUCUCUGCCUCGGGUGACCUCAGCGCCCUCGCGUGGAUCGCCGCCCUGAUGCAGGGCAAGACAAGCGCCACGGCCUACAGCGGCCCGAGAGACGGGCAGGGAAAGACGGCGAGGCGAGUAACCCGAGCCGAUGUGGCACUCGCCGACGCCGGCAUAUCUCCCAUCACCUUGCACGCCAAAGAGGGCCUGGCCAUCGUCAACGGCACCGCUGUCUCCGCCGCCGUCGCGGCGCUGGCGGCCCACGAGUCCCUGCACCUCGCAGCGCUUUCCCAGGUCCUGACGGCCAUGAGCGUGGAGGCGCUCAGGGGCACGGACGAGAGUUUCGAUCCGUUCAUCGGGCGCGUGAGACAGCAUCCCGGCCAGGUGGACAGCGCGCGAAACAUCAAGGCCUUCGUGGCCGGCUCGAAACUGCUCAAGGGACCGCCCACCCGGGGCGAUGGCUUUACGCUCCGCCAGGACCGCUACUCGAUACGCACAGCGAGCCAGUGGAUCGGCCCCGUUCUCGAAGACUUUGGCCUGGCGUACGACCAGCUGACCACGGAGCUCAACUCGGUCACCGACAACCCUCUGAUCGACGCGGCGUCGGACCGGGUGCUGCACGGGGGCAACUUCCAGGCGCGCGCAGUCACGUCGGCCGUGGAGAAGCUCCGGCAGGGCCUGCAGAGCAUCGGGCGCAUGCUCUUCACGCAGUGCACCGAGAUGAUCAACCCGGCCACCAGCUGGGGCCUGCCUCCGAACCUCUGCUCCGACGACCCGAACGACUCGUUCCUGUUCAAGGGCCUCGACGUCGUCGUCGCCGCCCUGACCUCGGAGCUGGGCUUCCUCGCCAACCCCGUCGGCUCGCACGUGCAGACCGCCGAGAUGGGCAACCAGGCCAUCAACUCGCUGGCCCUCGUCUCGGCCCGCUACACGCUCGAGGCGGUCGACGUGCUGUCCCAGCUGGCGGCCGCCCACCUGCUCGCGCUGUGCCAGGCCCUCGACCUGCGCGCCGUCGAGAUCGAGGGCAAGCGCGUGGGCUCCCCCGACGCCACCAAGUAUCUGGGCCGGGCCGCCCGGCGCAUGUACCGCUUCGUGCGGCACGACCUCGGGAUCCCCUUCCUGGGGGAGAGGCAUCUGGCUUCCUCGUAUGGUCAGGUUGGCGCUACGGCAAAUGUGAGCCCGAGCAUGGGGUUAUACAACACUCGCGUCUACGAGUCGAUCAGGUCUGGUAGGUUGUAUCAGGUCGUUGUCGAGUGCCUCCGUGACGUUGAGAGGUAG